CUGUUGGGUUCAAAGGUGAGCACAGGUCAAGGAUGGUCAAUGCCAUUUCCCUUGUGAACUUGAACCUCCAACGUGCCAUACCAUGUGCAGAGCAUUUCCGGUGAGAUACUGCAAGUGGUCACUGAAAUACUGAAAUGAUGAAGAUUUCUGGCAGGAUGGCUAUCAGUGGUUCUGAUGCACUAUCACUGACGGUUGAAGAAGGAUUGACCAUCAGAUCGCUUCGGCUGAAAUUUGCAGAGGCUUUGCAAUCAGAGAAACGACGAAUGACAACCCUGUGUUUGAUGAAAGACGGGCAGCUUUUGGCUGAUGCACUGUCCCUGAAAGCUGCUGGUCUGAGUGAUGGUUGUAAUGUGGAAUUGCUGCAAACUGCUGGCAUGGAGUCAAUACUUACUGCAUCCAAUGAUUGUGUUGCUCGGAUUUUUUCACUUGAAACAGGCCAAUGCAUUGAACUUCAGGGUCACUUUGCACAGGUCUACACGUGUAUUCUGUCGCCAGACCAGCGCCAUGUCGUCACUGCUUCAGAAGAUGGAUCUGCCCGAAUAUGGGAAUUUCUUCAAGGCUCCGUUGUUGAAAAACACCUUUUGAACCAUGGCAGCGAGGUCUACUCAGCAGUGUUCUCGCAUAGUGGCAACUUCGUGGUCACAGCUUCUCAAGACCAUAGUGCUGCCAUUUGGCAAGUGGACACUGGAGAACGACUUUGGGAAUUUGUCCAUCGCGGGGAGGUCUACCUGGCCACCUUUUCUUGUGAUGAUCAGCUAGUGCUCACAGCCUCAGAGGACGGCACUGCACGAUUGAUUUCCAGUGACGAUGGCAUCAACUGCCACACAUUGGAUGGGCAUUCCGGUCGUGCUGUGAACCGAGCUGAAUUUUCUCCUGACGGGAAGCUCAUUGUGACUGCUUCUACGGAUGCAAAAGGCUGCAUCUGGGAGAGGCACAGUGGCGCACGUACACAUGUACUGCAAGGUUGUCCGUCCGACGUGAAACAUGCGAGUUUUUCAGCUGACAGCCGCCAGGUAUUUUUGACUCACGCCACUGGAGUGGUUGAAGUUUUUUGUGCCCAAACAGGGUCGUGUCAGUGGUUGUUGAGUGAUCAUGUUGAGCCCGUGUACUUGGCGGCCUCAUGCCCCACAGGUCGACUGGUAGCUUUGGGCAGCGAAGAUGCACGUGCAACGGUCUGGGACUUGACGUCUGGACGAAAGUUGUGGACCUUGGCGGAGCACACAGAUGCUGUGACAUGGAUCUCCUGGAAUCCUGCAGAUGAUGGAACUUUGGUCACAGCUUCUUGGGAUGGAACCGUCAAGCUAUGGUCUGCUGAGUCUGGUGAAUGUUUGGACACCUUUGAAGAUCAUGCAGGGCCAGUCAUUUAUUCAGAAUUUGGAACAUUGCACCUUUGAGGACAGUAUAGGACAGUUGACUUCGUUAACUUUGGCUGGGUAAAAGUGUCAGCAUGGCGAUCCCGUAUGAUCCCGUGCUAUCGAUUCCAAAGUCCGAGCUGCGACAGACGAUGAAAGGCAUGGCUGUGGUGGACCAUGGUGGACCACGGAGACCUUCGAGAAGCUGUGCUGUGAUGCCUAAAGGUCAGAGCUGAACAAGCUGAGUCCGCAGACAGUUGAAAAAUGUUGAAAACCAAUAACUAACUCAAAGAACUCAAUGGCGUAGAAAAAGGCCGGCAUCCUGUCUUGCACGGCUUGCACGUCCCGCAAAAGCUCCACCGAAUUGGCAUGCACGAAAUGCGCGCAAUGCAGCGUUUGAGCUUGAAGUCAGCCUGCAGAUAGG